AUGUUAUCUUGUGUAUUUCUUCGAGGUGCUGCUCCUGAGAACAUCCCCAUUACUGACCUUAAAGCACCCGAUAUCUCAUCGGGAAUUUCACCACCAUCAGCGUUACCACCUAUUCUGAUUCCCGGCUGGUUAGGUGCAUCAGGCUCACCAUCAUGUUCAGGCUUGGUAGCCAUAUUAGUAAACAUGCUUGUGAUAUCGUCAGGAAGGCCAUCAAUAUUAAAUGGCAUGGAUGUAAAUGGUGGUGGUGGGCAGGACCCCUCAACCCACCUCCUGAUCCGUGAGAAUUCUCAUAGCUUGAACCCUGCCCAUGAAAAAGGAUCACGGAAGUUUUUAAGUGAUUGA